AUGGACGCCUCUCGAGCGCUGAAACCCUGCGCCUGCAACGAAGGCAGCCCAGCAGGGGAGGACAUGAGCUGCAAAGUGGCGACAGUAGAAAAACGCAUGGUGCCCCCUGAUGAUGUUCGGGAUGUUUUGCGUAACCCCUACAACGAAGCGCCUUCCAAACAACAGUCACCCUCCCAGGCAGCGUAUUCCACCCAUUCAGAGGAAGCCUCAGGCAUUGAUGAGGUACCUGCAGCCGACGAGAUGUCAGCGGGUUCUUUUGUCGCCUCCGUAAAUAGCAAUGGGCCUGAUAGCAACCUCUCCGGUGGCAGUUUUGUGCCGCCGCACGCUGCUGACAGUCAGUGUAGCCUCGCGUGUUUGUCCUUGGACUCCAUCGAAGAAAUUGCUAGUAACCUGUCCGUGGAGGAGAAGCAGCCGCUAAACACUGCGGUUGCCCAAGCAAGGUCACGCACUCUCCACCUCACCUCGGAAGAGAUGCUACGCGCGUACCAGUACCUGAAGCGCAUCGUCCAGCAACGGAUUUACAGGCAAUAUUACGUCAAGUGGGUGCACCUCCUCACACAGAGGCCGCCAAGGGCGGUGGCCACGCAGACAGCAAAAAAUGACUACUUCUGCGCGCCAGUUGUGGGAGGUGCUGUGUACCACAGUGAAGCAGAGGGAGCUGCAGCAGACGUUGCUUUGCCCUCUCUGCCCCAUUCUGCCUCGGAAUGCGGAAGCAAACACACCGCUCGUGACGAUGCCCGUAGUGAGUGCACGCAAGGCGGUCUACGUGAAGGACAACAAGGCUUGUCGGCUUCCACACCGUCUGCAUCCGUUACAUGUCUUUUUGAUCCGGUACCUUUGCCAAUAAAGCCGCCAUCGCCGCUGCUGCUUCGGUCACGAGGCGCACCCACCCUCCUACACGAUUAUGGGCGACAGUCAUCGACGCCAAGACGAAUAUCUCCGCGGUUCUCCAGUCUCCCCAGCGUGACGCUCCCGUCUUUAACCAGCCCCAGCCGACAGUUCACCGUUUGCCAAACAACAACACACGGAUAA